GUAAAUAAAAAAAAAAUAAAGAAAAAAGUUGAAUGUUAAGACUCUUUGGUUCUUUUACUUUCCAUCGGAUUAACAAACUUCACUUUUUGCAUAAUAAAUCGAGCUUAACCACCUUUAGAUCCUUAAUGACUACAAAAGAAAACUCUGAUUGGGAACUUGCUUCCCAUGGUAACUACUGGACCUACACCCAUACUUUAGAAAAGUCGGAUAAUGAUGAUCGUGAUUACCGUCUCAUCAAGUUAGCAACAAAUGAUCUUCAAGUGUUGUUAGUUCACGAUAAAGAUACUGAUAAAUCAAGCGCGGCUUUGGAUGUUCACGUUGGUCAUAUUAGUGAUCCCACUGAUUUGCAAGGUUUGGCUCAUUUUUGCGAACAUCUUUUAUUUAUGGGAACAGAAAAAUAUCCCAAAGAAAAUGACUAUAAUCAAUAUUUAUCUGAGCAUUCUGGAUUUUCAAAUGCGUUCACUGGAGUGGAGGAUACAAACUAUUAUUUUGAGGUUGGUCAAGAACACCUUGAAGGUGCCCUGGAUCGCUUCGCCCAAUUCUUUAUCAGCCCUCUUUUCUCUGAUGGCUGUACCGAAAGGGAGUUAAAGGCAGUUGAUUCAGAACACAAGAAAAAUAGACAACAAGAUAGCUGGCGUAUGUUUCAAUUGGAAAAAUCUCUUUCUAAUCCUGACCAUCCUUAUUGUCAUUUCGGUACUGGUAAUCUGGAAACCUUAUUUGAGAACCCUAAAAGAAACGGAAAGGAUAUUCGUGAAGAACUUUUGAAAUUUCAUGACUCUUAUUACUCUGCAAACAUUAUGAAACUUUGUGUGCUUGGAAGAGAACCUCUUGAUCAGUUGACAGAGUGGGCUGUAGAAAAAUUUAAAAACGUCCGUAACAAGAACAUUCAACCUCCUAGCUUCCCUGGACACCCACUCACCAAGAAUGAACUUAUGAAACAAAUAUUUGUCAAGCCUGUCAAAGAUGUUCGUUCCUUGGAAAUGACAUUUCCUUUCCCCGAUCAACGUCCUUUAUACUCUGUCCAGCCUGGCAGAUACCUUUCUCAUCUGAUCGGUCACGAGGGCCGUGGAUCAAUCUUAUCUUUGUUAAAGAAAAACGGAUGGGCAAAUUAUCUUCAAGUAGGCACAAUUCACGGCGGCAUCGGAUUCGAAUUCAUGCGUAUUAGCGUUGAUCUUACAGAGGAAGGUUUAACACAUUAUCAAGAUGUUAUACUUACUGUGUUUAAAUAUAUCAACCUUUUAAAGAAAGAUGGUGUUCAAUCUCGUAUUUUCGAGGAGGUCCAAUCUCUUGCAUCUCUUGCGUUCCGAUUUAAGGAAAAGUAUCCCCCAUCACAGUAUACUUCUCGUUUGGCUGGCUUAAUGCAACAUGGAUAUCCUGCUGCUUAUGUUUUAAGCGGUCCCAGCUUGAUCCGUGAAUACGAUCCCGAGUUAAUCAAUGAGAACCUCAGCUGGCUCCGUCCUGAUAAUUUCCGUAUCAUGUUGGCCAGUCAAAACCCUCCCAACGGCGUCGAGUAUAUUCAUAAAGAAACUUGGUAUGGUACUGAAUACAACGUACUUGAUUUCGAUGAUAAGUUGAUUGAGUCCUUGCAAACUCUUGAACACGAUGACGCUUUAGUUUUACCCGACACCAAUGCUUUUAUCCCUUCCGAUUUCGAAACUUAUAAAAAGGAAGUGACUACACCUGCAAAGAGGCCCGAGUUAAUUGAAAAUACACCAAUGCUUCGUUUGUGGCACAAGAAGGAUGAUACCUUCUGGGUCCCUAGAGCUAAUGUCUGGAUUCUGCUUAGAUCUCCUUUGGCUUACGCCACACCAACUAACUGCGUCAAGACAAGAUUGUAUACCGAUUUGUUGAAGGAUUCACUCAACGAGUACGCUUACGAUGCCGAAGUUGCCGGAUUAUGUUAUAAUAUUGAAAAUCAACUUGAAGGCAUGUUGCUUGCUAUCGGUGGUUACAACGAUAAACUCCCAGUUUUACUUGAAAAAGUCAUUCAGAAGAUGCGUGAUUUCCAGGUAGAUCCCGAAAGAUUCAAGUUACUCAAGGACCAACUUCGCAGAUCCUACAAGAAUUUCUCGCUUGAGCCUCCUUAUCAACAUGCACUUUAUUAUCUUUCUUACCUCACACAAGACAAAAUGUGGACCAAUUCAGAAAAGUUAAAGGAGUUGGAUUAUAUCACAGCAGAGGAUAUUCAAGCAUUUUAUCCCACCAUUUUGUCCCAAUUACAUGUUGAAGCACUUGUUCAUGGUAACGUGUUAAAGGAAGAUGCUCAAAAAAUGCUCAAGGAUGCUCUCGAUACUUUGAAGCCCAAGGAGUUGUUGCCUAGUCAGUUAAACGGUCAUCACAGUUUGGUUCUUCCUAAGGGAACUAAAUGGGUUUAUAAGCGUGAUGUAGAAGAUCCCAACAAUGUUAACUCUGGGAUCGAAUACCUUAUCCAAGUUGGCAAUGUCACCCAAACCGACCUUCGUGCUAGGCUCAGCCUCCUGGCACAGAUCGCACAAGAGCCCUGUUUCGAUCAAUUACGUACAAAGGAGCAAUUAGGCUAUCUGGUAUUCAGUGGUGUUCGUAAACAAACUGGAUCCAUAGGUAUGCGCUUUAUUUUGCAAAGUGAGCGUGAUACAGUCUAUCUUGAAAACCGUAUCGAAGAAUUCUUGGCCAAACUUAGAUCGAUCAUUGAAAAGAUGACGCCUGAGGAGUACAAGGCACAGGUUCAAUCACUCAUCUCUAAGAAGCUGGAAAAAGAUAAAAAUUUAGGACAAGAGGGCGGUAAAUAUUGGACACAUAUCCACUCUGGCUAUUAUGAAUUCGAUCAGGUAGAGACGGAUAUCAAAGAAUUGGGAUUGAUUGAAAAAGACGACCUUUUGGGUUUCAUGACAAAAUAUAUCGAUCCUCAAUCACCAUCCGUUCGCAAACUUUCUGUACAUAUCCAAUCUCAAAAAAUUUCUCCUAUCCCCAAGUUUAAGGUGAACAUCGAAUCAUUACAUACAUGUCUUAUCUCCCAAGGUGUUACACGUCUUAGUAUCGACGAUAUUAGAUCUGCUGUAGAAAAGGGAGAUGCCGGCGAAGCCAGUAUUGAGGCUAGCCUUCGUACAUUAUUAUCCGAUGAAAGCAAAGCUGAUGAGGCUGCAAUUGAAGCUUUAAUGUCCAAAUUGGUCAUCGCUAUGCGUGAAACUGAUAUUACCGAUGGCUCAUUUGUCACUGUUGAUAACCAAAAAACUGCGCGUAGAUUAUCGAUGGUUGACGGAAAGAUCCCAGAAGCUUCAAAUUCCACAAGUACAAGCAUCAACACAAGAGAUCACACCAAACUUCCCGAUGGAAACAAAAUCAUUACAAACGUUAUUGAGUUUAAGAGUAGCGUAGAAUUAAGCCCCGCCGCUGUUCCUUUGAUUGAUUUUUAGUUUUCAAAAUGUCAAUUUAUAAUCAACAACGCACCUUUUUUUUUUGUUUAAAAUAAUUAUUCAUACUACCCCUUUUUAGCUUUUGAAAGUAAACCAAUAAUAAAGUAUUUCAUUUUACACGAUCUCAGAUCGCA